AUGUUCGCUUUACGGCCUUCAAGGCCGUCCUACAUUAGAAUUAGCAGGAACACACUCCAAGCGUAUAGCAGCCUCACUUCGACGCAUGCUCAGAAGUUUACGAUCAAUGGCGACAGACUAUGGAACGAUAUCCAUCACACAGCACAGUGGUCUGCCCCUAAUGCCACGACCGCGGCUGGAGGUCUGUCCAGGCUGAGCGGUACAAGCUACGACAAAAUGGCCAGAGACUGGUUUCGCGAUCAAGUCACGGCACUUGGAGCAGAAACGUAUACAGUCAAUGCCACCGGUUCACAAUUUGCAACCUUCCCGGGCAAGGGCAAAGUGCCGCCAAUCGCUAUGGGCUCUCACCUUGACUCAGUUGCUACGGGAGGUCGCUUUGACGGUCCGUUGGGAGUGUUGGGCGCUCUCGAAGUUGUCCGCAGCAUGAAAGAACAGGCUCUUGAGACUUUCGCACCUAUCACGCUCAUCAACUGGACCAACGAGGAAGGCGCUCGCUUCUUUCCGCCACUCGGCUCCUCUUGUGUCUACGCAGGCCAGAGCAGUGUGAAUGCUGCGCAUGAGAGUAAGGCCAACGAUGGCGGGAGCGACACUCUCGGUGCUGCUCUUGCGUCUAUCGGAUAUGUUGGACAUGGACCAAACACGUUCCAGGAGUUUCCCAUCUCGGCACAUUUUGAAAUUCAUGUUGAGCAGCAGACCACUUUGGAAGCAGCGGGAAAGCCAGUGGGUUGGGUGGAAGGCUGGCAGGGCAUUUCCGUGCUUGCAAUGACGUUCCAUGGCGAGGACGGGCAUGCGAAUACCUAUCCGAUGGAGCGCAGGAAAGACAGUCUGGUCACAGCUGCAAAAGCGAUAGCUGAUAUCGAAGACCUUCCUUCAACACAUGGUGGCUCCACAACAGUCACGAGCAUUCUGUCAGGCCCUGUUGGCUGCUGCAAUAUCCAGAGCUGGACGAAGAUCGUUUUCUGCUUGAUGCACCCGGACUCGGAGAAACUUGCAGCCAUGGCGAAAGAUGUAGAAGCCCGAGCAAACAGCCGAGCGGCAGCCGCAAGAGUCAAGCUUGACACUACUCGCAUCAUGCACUUGGAGCCCGGCAAGUUUUGGCCUGAGGCUGUUGAAUGCGUGAAGCGUGCGUGCGGCGACAAGGGCAUUGGAGCUAACACUUUGACUGCUCACGAUAGUACGAUGACCACGCUUGUGUGUCCUACGGCGAUGGUGUUCGCACGAGCCCAAGACGGAGUGUCACAUGCUGCCAAGGAAUGGACGAGCAAAGAGGAUUGCGCUGAGAGCGCUUUGGUGCUCGGAAAGUCAGUGCUCGAGUAUGAUUACCUCCUGCAGCAUGAUCUGACUGUCGAUGCUUUGUCUGCAUAG